ACACAUUGUUUUCCGAGUAGAAUUUGAUUGUUGGCGUAUUCCUUAAAAAUCAAGGAAUGUCAUCUACUAGUGGAAAGCGUGGGAAAAGGGAAGUUCAUCUCUCAAAGGCUUUGACGUAUGUGCUUCGACAUAACGCAGUGGAACUAGGUUUUGAUAUAGACUCAGGGGGUUUCAUCAAUGUUGAGGAUCUCUUGUCCCACUCGAUGUUUAGGCAGUUCACCCUGGACGACAUCAAGACAGUAGUUACCGACAACGACAAACAACGCUUCUCACUCCGUGAGCAUCCUGAUUCUGGGAAACUUCAGAUCUGUGCGAAUCAGGGACAUUCCUUCUCGUUGCCUGACUUGGAGUUAGCAGCCAUCACUGAUGCAGCCCAGUAUCCGACAGUCGUUCAUGGGACUUAUCUGAAGAACUGGGAGGCCAUUAAAAAUCAGGGUUUGAGUCGCAUGAACAGGACCCAUGUCCAUUUUGCGCAGGGUGAACCAGGGGAAAGUGGAGUGAUCAGUGGAAUGAGGCGGUCCUGUGAUCUGAUGAUUUUCCUGGACCUUGAAAAAGCAUUGAAAGAGGGUUUGUCAUUUUUUCUAUCCAAAAACGGAGUUAUCCUGUGUCCAGGAGACCAAAAUGGUUUCAUUCAUCCCAGGUACUUCAAGCAAGUCAUACAGACUCGACCACGCCGUGUGAUGCCUCUCUGAGAAGCUCUGGGCUGGGUCUCAUCAUUUGGAUUGUAACCAUGCACCAUACGGAGCAAAAUGUGGUUUAUCCACAGCAGCAGCGAAGUAGCCACUAAGACCACACACUGUAACUGGUUAGCACAAUAAGUAAAGACCUUUUGGUCCACUAUAAAGCUAAAAUGAUUUAGACUCAGAAAGUUAUACAAUAUGCAUGAUUUACAUGUAUGUCAAAACCUGAAGAUGGUAGGGCACAGUUAGGAAAGUACAUUUUGAACACAAAUUUAGAGAUUUCAAUCACAUAAUGUAAGGUUUUGCAUUUAUAUUAAUCACCAAGGAAAAGAAAGUAAAGUCUGUGCCGAGCCAGUAUGGCCCAUCAGGCUCUCCUGUAUCUCCGGUUUCUUAGACAUGAAACAACUGAGAAUAUUUCCA